UCCUCUUAGGCGGCGCCAUUUUGUGCUCAGAAGAGCUCCAGCCGCAGGCGGUGUGGGGCCGAGUGGGUGAGCGGAGACGGAAAAGCCAGGAUGGCGGAGACGCUGGCGGGGUCGGGCGACUCGAGUUCGGGUCCGGCCCUUCUGGGGUCGGGCGGCCUGGAGGCCGGGACGCGGCGGCUCAGCGACCUGCGGGUGAUUGACCUGCGGGCGGAGCUAAAGAAGCGGAACCUGGACACGGGCGGCAACAAGAGCGUCCUGAUGGAGCGGCUCAAGAGGGUGAGGCGUCGGCGCGCGGGGGGCGCGCCCGUCGCCGGGACCCCUCCCCGCACCCGGGGACCCGCUGUGUCUCAGCAGGCCCGCUUCCCAGGGGGUCCGGGACAGAAGGUGGGAGAGGAAGGCACCGAAGACAACGGCCUGGAAGAAGACUCUAGAGAUGGGCAGGAGGGCGGUGAAGCGAGCCUGGGGGCCUUGCAGCCCACGGACUUGGUGGACGUGAGCAUGUUGGCCAGGCCCAAGGCCGAGCACACCAGGGCUCCCGACGUCGGGGACAGCGGCGGCAGCACCUUCGACUCCUUCUGUGACAGUAAAGAGUACGUGGCUGCGCAGCUGGGACGGCUUCCAGCGCAGCUCCCGGGACACGCUGUGGACGGGCAGGGUUUUGAGAAUACCUCGGAUGCUUCGCUGCUGCACCUCACCAUAACUCCAGAUGCUGAGGAGCCGCCCCUGGAGCCAGAAAAUGAGAAAAUACUCGACAUUUUGGGGGAAACUUGUAAAUCUGAGCCAGUAAAAGAAGAAGGUUCCGAGCUGGAGCAGCCAUUUGCACAGGAUACAAGUAGCGUGGGGCCAGACAGAAAGCUGGCGGAGGAAGAGGACCUUUUUGGCAGCGCCCAUCCGGAAGAGGAGGAGGAGGAGGAAGAGCUUGAGGAGGAGGAGGAGGAGGAGGAGGGAGAUUUAGCAGUGGCCCACGAGUCACCGCGCGCUCAGUGGAGCGAGGCAGACACCCUGUUAGCGGUAGUGAAAAGGGAGCCCGUGGAGCAGACAGGAGGCGAAGGCGCGAGGACGGACUGUGAGCCUGUAGGGCAGGAGAAGCCAGUUGAGCAGAGUAGCGCAGCCCCCGAGCUGGCGGAGGCCUGUAGCCAGGAACUGGCAGAAGCGCCCACGGAAGCCCCGAGCCCCGAGCCCAGAGAUAGCAAAGAAGACGUGAAGAAGUUUGAGUUUGAAGCUUGUAAUGAAGUCCCUCCGGCUCCUAAAGAGUCCUCAACCAGUGAGGGCGCUGAUCAGAAAAUGAGCUUUUUUAAGGAAGAAAAAGAUAUAAAGCCAAUCAUUAAGGAGGAGAAAGGCCGCAUGAGCAGCAGUUCUGGACGCAACCUGUGGGUCAGUGGGCUGUCCUCUUCCACACGUGCCACAGACCUAAAGAACCUUUUCAGCAAAUAUGGGAAGGUCGUCGGGGCCAAGGUGGUGACCAACGCCCGCAGUCCUGGGGCGCGGUGCUAUGGGUUUGUCACCAUGGCGACUUCUGAUGAAGCAACCAGGUGUAUUGGCCAUCUGCACCGGACCGAGCUGCAUGGGAGAAUGAUCUCCGUGGAGAAGGCCAAAAACGAAGCUGCAGGCAAGAAGCUGUCAGAGCGGAAGGAGUGUGAGGUGAAGAAGGAGCGGCUCCCCAGUGCUGAUCGGCACCACCCCGUGGAGAUCAAAGUGGAGAAAAUUGUCAUCAAGAAGGAAGACAAAGUUGAGAAAAAGGAGGAAAAAAAGCCUGAAGACAUUAAAAAGGAAGAGAACGAGCAAGAUGAGCUGAAGCCAGGCCCUCCCAGUCCACCUCGAGUCGCCAAGUCAGGAAGCCGAGUUGCAGAGCGCACUGUGAUGAUGGACAGGUCAAGAGGCGAGCCCAUCAUUAGCGUGAAGACUGCAAGCAGGUCCAAAGAGAGAAGCUCCAAGAGUCAGGAUCGUAAGUCAGAAAGCAAAGAGAAGAGAGACAUCCUCUCCUUCGACAAGAUCAAGGAGCAGCGGGAGCGAGAGCGCCAGAGACAGCGGGAGCGGGAGAUCCGGGAGACGGAGCGGCGGCGGGAGCGGGAGCAGCGGGAGCGGGAGCAGCGGCUGGAGGCCAUCCAGGAGCGCAAGGAGAAGGCGCGGCUGCAGCGGGAGCGGCUGCAGCUCGAGUGCCAGCGGCAGCGCCUGGAGCGCGAACGCAUGGAGCGCGAGCGGCUGGAGCGGGAGCGCAUGCGUGUGGAGCGCGAGCGCCGCAAAGAGCAGGAGCGCAUCCACCGCGAGCGGGAGGAGCUGCGGAGGCAGCAGGAGCAGUUACGGGUUGAGCAGGAGCGGCGCGCGCUGCGGCGGCCCUACGACCUGGAAGCCCGGAGAGAUGACGCCUACUGGCCUGAAGGCAAGCGCGCGGCCAUGGAGGACAGGUACCGCCCAGGCUUCCCCCGGCCCGACCACCGCUUCCACGACUUUGACCACUGUGACCGCGGCCAGUACCAGGACCACGCUGCAGACAGGAGGGACACGUCAAGGCCGGUGAUGGGAGAGCGGGACGGGCAGCACUACUCAGAUGACCGCCAUGUCCACGGAGGACCAGAGCGCCAUGGCCGAGACUCCCGCCACACCUGGGGAGGCUAUGGUUCUGACAAGAGGAUGAGUGAAGGCCGGGGGCCACCCCCACCCCCGAGGGGCGCGCGGGAGUGGGCUGAGCACAACCCUCGGCUGGAGGAGCCGCAGGUGCGCGCGUGGCAGGGCCCGGUGGACACGGGCACGGCGGCCCGGGAACACACGCGGUGGCCAGGCGCGGAGCGGGGGCUGGUGGGGCCCUCGGGGCCGGGACACAUGGUGGCAAGUCGGGGCGGCGUGGCCGGGCGCGGUGGCUUCGUGCACGGCGGACACCCACAGGGCCACGUGGUUCCCGGGGCUGGCCUGGAAGGUGGUGGCGUGGCCGGCCAGGACCGGGGCGGCCGAAUCCCACCCCCCCAUCCCCACCCGUACCCCCACUUCACCCGCCGUUACUAACCCUGCAGCACAUGCCUGGGGAGGCCGGGCGCUGCUCUGGGCGGUGCAGCCUUGACCUGGGGCGUCUUUUAAAUAAGCCAAUCCUGCCGUGUGUAGCGCAACACAAUGUGAACUUACUGUUCUGUUUAUUUUUAAUAAACGUGUUCUUGUUCUGCUGUUUUUAA